CACCUUGCAGAUCCAAAGGCCGUUGCUGUGUGUCUUGUCUUAUUGACUAAACAUCCUGCUUUGGGGCAAAGCUCAAUUCAAUCCACCCCGCCAGUCCAUCAUCCACCCCACCUUAAGACCUGAUACCUCCCCCCUUCUCGACACCUGGGAUCGCCAACCUCUCAAUCUACAUCGCCCAGAAUUCGCAUUUAGCUGCGAAUCGCUGCAAUCGAAGCUCGCCCGAGUACGAGCACGUCUUUCCACGCAACCACCCGAACAAACACACACAAUCACAAUGGCGGGAGUCAAGAGCGCUCUGCCAACGCACCUCAUGCCAAACCCCGAUGACAACGGCUUUGAGCAGCGUCACCAUGGCAAGACUCGCAGUCACAUGGCCUUCGAGAACACCUCGACCAACGUCGCUGCCGCCCAGAUGCGAAAUGCCCUGACCAACCUCGCCGAGACCGUCGAGGACCCUAAGGAGAAGAAGCUGUUCGAGACUGAGAUGGACAACUUCUUUGCCCUUUUCCGACGAUACCUCAACGACAAGGCCAAGGGAAAUGCGGUUGACUGGGACCGCAUUGCCCCUCCCGCUCAGGGACAGGUCGUUGACUACGAGGACCUUGCCAACACGGAGUCCGUGCAGUUCCUGAACAAGCUUGCCGUCCUCAAGCUUAACGGAGGUCUGGGUACCUCCAUGGGUUGCGUUGGACCCAAGUCCGUCAUCGAAGUCCGUGAUGGCAUGUCCUUCCUCGACCUGUCUGUCCGCCAGAUCGAAUACCUCAACCGCACCUACAGCGUCAACGUCCCCUUCAUCCUGAUGAACUCGUUCAACACCAACGAUGACACCGCUGCCAUUAUCAAGAAGUACGAGGGCCACAACGUGGACAUCCUCACCUUCAACCAGUCAAGAUACCCCCGAAUUUACAAGGACUCGCUCCUGCCCGUCCCCAAGUCAUUCAACUCGUCCAUCACCGAGUGGUAUCCUCCUGGACACGGUGACGUUUUCGAGUCCCUGUACAACUCUGGCAUUCUUGACCAGCUGUUGGAGCGCGGCAUCGAGAUCAUCUUCCUGUCCAACGUUGACAACCUGGGCGCUGUCGUCGACCUGCGCAUCCUCCAGCACAUGGUUGAGACCAAGGCCGAGUACAUCAUGGAGUUGACCAACAAGACCAAGGCCGACGUCAAGGGUGGUACCAUCAUUGACUACGAGGGAUCCGUCCGCCUGCUUGAAAUCGCCCAGGUGCCCAAGGAGCACGUCAACGAGUUCAAGUCCAUCAAGAAGUUCAAGUACUUCAACACCAACAACAUCUGGCUGAACCUCAGCGCCAUCAAGCGUGUCGUGGAGAACAACGAGCUGGCUAUGGAGAUUAUCCCCAACGGCAAGACCAUCCCCGGUGACAAGAAGGGCGAGUCGGACAUUUCCAUCCUCCAGCUCGAGACGGCCGUCGGUGCCGCCAUCCGCCACUUCAACAACGCCCACGGUGUCAACGUUCCCCGUCGGCGAUUCUUGCCCGUCAAGACCUGCUCCGACCUGAUGCUGGUCAAGUCUGACCUGUACACCCUGAAGCACGGUCAGCUCCAGAUGAGCGCCGCCCGAUUCGGCGACGCCCCUCUGAUCAAGCUGGGCAGCGACUUCAAGAAGGUGUCCGACUUCCAGAAGCACAUUCCCUCCAUCCCCAAGGUGCUGGAGCUUGACCACCUGACCAUCACUGGUGCCGUCAACCUGGGCCGCGGCGUGACGCUCAAGGGCACAGUCAUCAUCGUCGCGACUGAGGGAAGCACCAUUGACAUUCCCCCGGGAUCGAUCCUGGAAAACGUUGUCGUCCAGGGUAGCUUGCGUCUGUUGGAGCACUAAAUGCGUCGUCAUUCAUUUCUCAUUCACACCCCCCAAAAAUACCCAGUGCUCCAAGAUUUGGAAUUUUAUCAUCGUAUCUAUUAUCUCCAAUUUUUUAUGUGCUGGCAUAACGAGCGAGUUAGGGACUGGCCGAAUAAUGAACAACCAGCUAGCUAGUAGCUGAUGCAAAACAAACAAAAAAAAAACAUGUAGUGAGGCAAGGGCGGAGGGAAUGUGGCAAGGACAUUCAUGAUUGUACCGAUGGCUGCGUCGGCAUUGUGUAAAUACAGCUAUGGCCUAGUAGUAAUUGAUGCAAUGAGAUGGU